CUGGUAUUUUGCCGUGCCCGAUUGUUGGCGCAAUACUGUAUAUCAGGAGUUUUCUCGUUCGCUCCACCAGUUGGCAUUUCACAGGAUACCGGUCCACGGUUUGGACUAAUUCGCACACAAUCAUUGUUGCUACUGUCCGCUUUUUCAACAAGCACAGUUUCUUUUCAGAAUGCAGUGUUUCGGUGCACUUUCGCUGUUUUUAGUGUUAUCUGUUGGAUAUCACUCUGUACAUGCUGCCGGAAUUCUGGAUUCGAUCAAAAAUGUAUUCGGCAUUUCAUCGAACAAAGAGCAAAUUGUAGUGCCUUCUGGCGGCGAACGACUACCAAACUAUUACAGGAUCGAAGCUUUAGUGGUGCGACUAGAAAAUCAAGCGGGCAUUAAGAGCAAUGGAGGGUCGUGUGACACCUUUGGGAAAUGUGAUCCGAUUGUUUACGCUUACAUCGAUACGGAUAAACCGACAAAUACUUUCCCUGGAUCACUGGACGUCAAGGCAAUUCCCAAAAUUUUCGAAACAACAAACAACAAUAGCCCCGAUAUUAACUACAAACUGACCAAAGAUAUCUGCAACAAAGAUCCUAAUACUCAGAAAGCUAUGCUACGGGUUCAUGUUACGGACCAUAACACCAUCCUGAGCAACAGCCUAAUUAGUGAUUUUGAUUGUCCGCUUGGAGGAACUUUAGCAAAUGAAGAGAGGUCUGCUACGUGGCAAGACGCGAUUUGCACAGGAAAAUACCAGGAAAAAAAGAUUAGGCUCUCCGCACGAGUAAAAAUGUAUCGCGUGCCCCAGAAUGACUGCACAAAUGCCCGACCACAAGGAGAACCGGCAAAAAAGAGCUAAUUAUUUGUUUAGAGAAAGCAUCAUCGUGAUCGGGCUUAUAAGGUUUUUAAUAAAUUAUUGACAGGCAAUUUUUAAAAAAGCGGCGCUUUUUUGUCUUAGAGGUGAAACGCUCUGGAGUAUUAAGAUUGCAUUGCUAAUAUAACUUGUGACUGCACGCUAGCUUGUGGGUGAUUUCAGACAAGAAUUCUGCUAUCAGUGAUUAAAGUCAUACCGUACAUAGACGAACAA